CGAACACAGAGAAAAGAUGUUUUUCAUGACUGACUUGUAGAUUUGUUGAAUGAUAUAUUCAUAUCCUUGAUUUAAAAGAAUGUAUCUGAUUUCGUGGACGUUAGUUUUCUGUUUUCUGAUGUACAAACCUAUGACUGAGGCCUGUCCUGGUCAUUGUAGCUGUGUAAGUGGUUACUUCUGUGAUGGGACCUAUGUAUAUUGUAGUGGAUUAACUGAAGUACCUAACAGCAUCCCCAAAGACACAUGUGACUUAAAUCUUUCCAGGAACAAAAUUACCAUAGUACAGGACAAUGCCUUCAACGGUUUAGGAAACCUUUCUAUACUAGAUCUUUCCUCGAACGAAAUUACCAUAGUACAGGACAAUGCCUUUAACGGUUUAGAAAUCCUUUCUAUGCUAUUGCUAUAUAACAACAAGUUAACUACCAUUCAGGACAAUGCCUUUAAUGGAAUGCCAAAUUUACAGAAACUAUCGCUAUAUUGGAACAAGAUAACCACCAUUCCGGACAAUGCCUUUAGAGGAAUGCCAAAUUUACAGACACUAUCGCUAUAUAACAAUGAGAUAACCACCAUUCCGGACAAUGCCUUUAGUGGAAUGCCAAAUUUACAGAGACUGGACAUGGAUAGAAAUAAAAUAACUGUAUUAGACAAAAGAUUUUUCAAGGAUCUUCCGAAAUUAAAAAGAUUAGCAGUAGAAGACAAUCCUCUGCACUGUGACUGCAUCUUAGCAGAAUUUGUCAGUUUUGCCAAAUCAAGAAACUUGAAAUUGAAGUAUAACAAAGAACCGAGAUGUUCAACUCCCAGUAAUCUGACAGGAGUAUUGUUACGGAAUCUCUCAUUAGAAGAAAUGGAUUGUUAUCUCACCACAGCAACAACAACAGCACUGGAAACGUCAGGUAGAAUGAUCUUUUCUUCUUUUGAUUUGUCUGCGUAUCCUCAUAGACAUCCAGUAAUAGACAAAUCUUUGUGGACUCAACUGAACUAGAAAGGUCGGGAAGGUAUUCAUCUAUUUUGAUAGGGGAGACAAAGGAAGUAAA